CGAGGGGUCUAUAUAUUGGACGUGAUUUGUGGUGAACUGCGGCACAGAUUGUGUGUGAAGUGGUGUGACGUGUAAUCCCUGUAACGACUGUAUGAUUGAGUGUUUUGUCAAUUGAUUGCAUGAAACUAAAUCUGCUCUCAUUUGGCUCAACGACCACAACACACACUACACUACACUGUACUACAAGACUACACACCACUACACGUGGCAUAUAUAGACGUCGGUUGCUAUCCAGUGGUCACUCGUGUCCUAUCAGUUGUCAGCGAUGGUGAGAUCCCAGCGGAUGAGAGUGGCCAACGAGAAGGCCUCGAAGAAUGUGGCCAACAGAGGAAAUGUGCCCAAAACCACGAAGACAUCUGACGAGAAGUACCCGGUUGGUCCCUGGAUGUUAGCCCUGUUCGUGUUCGUGGUGUGCGGGUCGGCUAUAUUUCAGAUCAUCCAGUCCAUCAGAUUUGGCUAAAAUUGGUUCAUAUUUUCUAUUAUUA